CCAGGACAAAGCAAUGCAAUAGCAAGUCUCAGACCACUCAAUCUAUCGUCACCAUCCAUCAAGAGCGAAGACAUUCCCACCAACAGCACAAGAAAAAACAACAUCUUAAAGACAGCCAUGAACAACCAACGUGGAAACCAACAAAAAGGAUCCCACCUCCAGGAAACUGUUGUGACAAUGACGGAGUCCCCCGCACCUCUUCUCCGCGACAAAGCAACCUUGGUUAGACCGGGAGCUACUCUGUAUCGUGUCAACAAGGUCGCCAAACAAUCGUUUGGAGAGUACUGUAAAAAGGAAACGGCAACUGCCAUGAAAAGUCAACAUGACAACAACAACAACCGAGAAGAACCAUCGCUCCUGGAGCUGCUCCAAAAAGAGAAUAGCAUUUUCUCUUUUCUCAACUCAAAUGACAAGGCUUCCCUGGCCUGUACGAGCUAUCGCAUGAAACGAACCUACCAAGAAUUCUGUUCUCCCUUCCAUGUCACCCCCAAGGAUUCAGACCUUUCCAUUCAAGAUCUCUUGCAUCACACCAAAAUUUCCAACCACAUUUUCUCCUUCCUUGGCAUGGGUCACUAUACUUUUGUUGGAGCCGUGAACAAGCAGAUGAAUCAGGCUUACAAGAGCUUCUGUGGCAAAAUCGCCAAUCCUCCACAGGUAAUUUUUAUGCUUUCCGGGGUCCCAGUAGCAGCAACAGCAACAUCUACUAUGUACAGUGCUACUUUUGCCAAUGAGGCUUGUGCCGACCACUGGCACAGUGAAAUGUCUCACGAUUGGAUUCCGUUACAUAUACCUGGUUGGAUUUGCCCCUACUUGGCCGGGCAAGGAAAUGCUCGAAUGCUCCGAUGGGCCAUGCAAAAGGGAUACCCGUUGGACAGAGAUACAUGCGACGCUGCUGCCCGUUCUGGUCACUUGGAUUCCCUCCAACGCGCCCGUCAACUUGGAUGUCCCUGGAAUGAAUACACAUGUGCAUAUGCUGCACAACAUGGACAUCUUCACAUCCUCCAAUGGCUGCACAAUAAUCAAUGCCCCUGGGAUAAACAUACUUGUGAAGUUGCUGCAAUAGGAGGGUAUGUGAAUACCCUGCAGUAUGCCCAUGAGAAUGGGUGUCCAUGGGAUGAAGGCACUUGCCACGCUGCUGCUAAGGCAGGACAAGUGAAUACCCUGCAGUUUGCUCAUGAACACGGUUGUCCAUGGGAUACACAUACUUGUGUCAAGGCUGCCAAGAAUGGCCAUGUGGGCACUCUGCAGUAUGCCCAUGAGAAUGGCUGUCCCUGGGACUCAGAGACAUGUUUGAAGGCGGUCGAAUACGGGCAUGUGGAAACACUACAAUAUGCCUACGAAAACGGAUGUGACUGCAAUCGGAUUUCUUGCAUCAGGGAGGCUCUCUAUCAGGGAUUAGUGCACAUCCUUCAAUGGUUCUAUUCUCGAAAAGAACAUCCCUGGAAGUGGCGGGACCUUUUCUUGACUGAUUAUGAAUCCCCUCGAAGCUUGCGCUGGGCCUAUGAAAAUGGGUGUCCUUCACGUUUGCUCCCAUUUUACUUUAGGCAACAAAUGCCUAGGAGGAACGAGGGUGAGAGUGAGAUUGAGGGCGAGAGCGAGGACGAGGAUGAGAGUGAGGACGAGGACUAAACAGAGGAAAAGACUCCAAAGGACUGUUAAAUACUAAACAACCGGUUUGGUUCCAUACAGUGCGAAUUUAUGAAGCUGAUCCAGCUACCGAUAGACUAUUGUACCUUACCGGUAUAGAGAGUAUAGAGAAUUGGAUUAUUCGCUGGUAUACGAAAGCCGGUAGUGUGCCAAGCUAAUCUUGCCCUCUAGUAACUACACGGCACCGAGCUGUAGUACAUGUAGCUAUGCAAACC